UUGAAAGUCUCAGUAUCAACCUACACUGUUAUAGCAGUUUUGGAAGAAAUAACAAGAUGGUCAAGUUGCCGCUUUUGAAAGUCUUGUUUAUCAUCAAAUGUGGACUGCUUUCUUUUGUUCACAGUCAAGGUUUUCUAAUAUCAACCAGGUUCAUGUCGGGAAAUGUGAUAUUUACAUGGACGCCGUCAAACUAUUCCUUCUAUAACGUCCUCAUUACCAGAGACACAACAAGUGGUUACUGGACCCGUGUGACUGAUACACAGUACAUUGUGACAGAUGUAUUGCGGUAUGACAAAAUCACUAUCAACGUAAGAACACCUGGAUCAGCUACUGACAACAGAAUGACAAACAAUGUCUUCAAAAUUAAAACCAAGGUAGGACACACAGUGAAUCUAUCAUGGACAGCAUUGUUCUUUCCAUUAUCCGGACAAUAUAAUGCCUACCACACAUACAGAGAACACAGAACUAUAUUUAGUGUAAGCAGCAGUAGAGUAAGUUAUGGAGGAUAUAAUCAGUCAACAAAGUACACAUACCUCACCAGACCGUUUGCUUCCACUAACAUCAUGUUUGAGAUAAGGGACAUAACUCUGGAUGACGCUGGGUAUUACAAUGGCGGAUUUACGGCGGAAGCUGCGUGGUCAGGUGGAGACAAACCCUCUCAGCCGAAGUUAACGGGAGAUCUUAACGUUGAGGUCAAUAAUGCCACAUCACUGACGUGUUCCAGUCAAUCAACCUCAACCCCUGACUACUACUCCAAGCUCCUCACCUUGUCUUACACCUGGUUUGUCAACGACACAAGGAUAAGAGGAGAAACCAGAGAGACCCUGAGAUUAUAUGUAACUAAAGAUCUCAAGUACAACAGAUACUCUUGUACAGCGAUAGAAGAAGACUUGGAGUCAGAUAGGAGUGACCUAGUACAGAUAAACCCAAUGUACGGACCGGACAAAAUAAUCAUCACUCCAGAACCUAUAUUGAACAUCAAUGACAAAUUAACAGUAGGGGAAGGGGAGACUAUUGGUCCCUUUGUUUGUACAGCGGAUUGCAAUCCACUGUGUAAUAUAACGUGGAGAGUAAAAGGCACCGAUGGAGUCAGCGAUGCUCGUUCAGUGAUGGGGACGUUAUUACAACAACAAGUGCAGAGGGAUAUGCUGUCAUUCCGAUGCAAAGCAGAUCGGGGAGAUAAGACAUUAAAACAAAGCAUUCAACUUGAUGUCCAAUAUUUAGAUGAUAUUCUCUUGUAUAUGAAUGGCGAAAUAAAAAGUAAAAUCGAAUUGAAUGAAAACGCACUAUUGAGAAUAUCGUGUCGCGUGGAUGGAAACCCCGCCCCAACAAUACGCCUAAGUAGGAGCCAUUCAGAGACUGAACUCCGUAAGAUACAGGGGACAUGGCUGAACUACACCAUAGACACGGCUCAAUGUACCGACACAGACACGUACAGAUGUAGAGGGACAUCUACAGGAUUCAACAACACAGAUAAAGUGAUAAACAUCAACGUUCUAUGUAACACCAGAUUUGAUAAAGCCGGUAGAUUCAAAUCCACAUAUGGGUCAAAAAGUGGAAUGGAUACCACAAUAAAUGUUGCUGUUCCAAUCAUUGCUAACCCUCCUCCACAAUCAUCUGACUUCAAGUGGGACGGUCCUGUGCAAGUGUCUGCGAGGACAAUACUUUCUACAGGAGAUGUGUCAUACAAACACGUGAUCGAAAGCUUCAUCCCCGUGAAGGAUCAUACUUAUUUUGGAAACUACACACUAUCAUACAAAGGACAAAUACUCACUAGAAUCACAAUCAACGCUGAAGAUAACCUUUUGGAAAAUUCAAGUAUGGAAUCAGCAGGAGAAGUGGCAUCAAGAUCAUGUAUUAUUGCAAUCUCCCUUGUUUCUAUUCUCCUGGGCUUGACAUGGUUUAUGGUGGCAAUGUUUAUUGUAUAUGACAGACGAUAUCGAAAUAUUCAUCAGAAAAGUAAACAUGGCGAAGAAAGCACCCAACUUCAAACUCAAAACAUGACACAACAUUACGAUGACUUACAGGGUACAGAUGUUGACAAACUCGAAACGCAAAUUAUGACACAACAUUACGAUGAUGUACAGGGUACGGUUGAAGAAGAAAACUAUACAAACCUAAAGGGAGACAACACAGCUGCAGAGGGAGAUUACACCGAACUAGGUCAACGUGACCCAGAAACUCCUUACGAGGAGUUAAAGGAAUGAAUAGCGACAAUCCUAUAAAAAAAGGCAAUUUAGAGAGGGUUUAAUACGUAACAUGCUUUAUGACAUAAUAUACAAAAUGUCUUGCUUAUGUAGCUGAAGCAAUCCUGUUUAAAAUGAUCAUUUUUUAUCUCCAAAAAUUAUAACGUUUGACAUUAGGUCCACUAUUAAACAGGGUUAUGUCCUAGUCCUUGCUGAUAUUGAACAUUACUGUUCUUAAGAUGGUUGACAAUUGGUAAUAUAUUUAAAAAAUGUUCAUCAAACUUUCAAACCUGUGUGGGGUCCAAAAAUUGUUUCUGAUAAAGCCCAAAUCUGCCUCCAUAGAUCAUGAUUUGAGAACAAAGUGAAAUAUACCGUUUCUUAUAAUUCUUCCACACAAGUUACAGCUUCUCUGGUCAAUUAGUAUUUGAUAAUAAGAUCAUUAAACAAAUAAGUUUUAUGCAUAUUCCGUUUUAGAAAUUUGACACCAGUUGUAAACUCCACCCUAUCACCGGGGUUCAUGAUUAGAAUAAUUACCAUUUACGUUAACUGAGAAUGCUACAAUACAUAUAACAGUUUCUGUAUGAUUUUUAAAAAAAACGAAUUUUAAAGAUUUUUCUCUAUUUAUUCCUAUAUACAAAAUCAAUCCCUAUGGUGGCCUAAUUUACUUUGGGGAUCAUGAUUUGGAAAAAAAAACGUAUCUACCUAAUAAGUAUGAUUUCACUCAAGUUACAGCUUUUUUGUAUAUUUGUUUUGUUUUGUUUUGUUUUUUAAUUAUAAAUAUUUUUUUUAUAAAUCCAUGUGUAAAUGUUCGAUUCCUUCUCCAAAUGUGCCCUAAAAUGUUUGACUGGCAUGAAUUUACAUGAAGAUGCCCGCACAGACGUUUCAGCCUUUUUAGUAAAAUAUUUUACUUUGCUUUUAUGGAUUCGUGUUCAUUAUUUGUUUUACUAUUUUAUUUUUUAUUAUUAAUUUUUUUUUUCUAAUCAAACCCAAGUCUCUCCCCAUAUACAAAAAAACCCAACAAAGUUGCUACCUUAUAAGCAUGUUUUUACUCGAGGUACAGCUUUCUGGUCGAUUGUGUUUAAAAAAAAAAAGAUAAUUAAUAUUUUCCCCAUAAUUCCCUGUUUUAAUAUUCGACCCCUGCUCCAAAUGUGGCCCGAAGUGUUUAGCUGACAACAAUUUACAUGAAGAUGCCAGCGCAGACGUUUCAGCUUUUUUAGCCAAAUAUUUUGUUGAAGUUUCAAAAAAAACAAAAAACAAACAACAACAAAUUUUCGAAAAUUCUUAAUUAUCCUACCUUAGAAAAAAAACAUAGCUCUUUUUUUUCAAAGAAGUCUGAACUUUCUUUACGCAAUAAUGAAUUGUGCCAAAUUUGGCUGAAAUAAGCCCGGAUGUUCUGAAGAAGAUUUAAAAAAAUCGAAUAAUCGUACAUACGGGAGUGGGUGGAAAAAUGACAUGCAGACAAACGGAUACGGGACAACAAGUGAUAAAAAAGGUUAAGCUUUCAUUUUUUGUGAGCUAAAAAAGGCGUAAAAUACAAACAUAUUAUGGCUUCAUUUACAACAAAUGCACAAUAAUAUAUUUUAGUUUGAGCCAGCGCUUUCUAUAGACCCAUCAAUCACUGUCUUCGUGUUCAUUUUUGAUUUUGCUUUUAUGACUUCUAAUUCAUUAUCUUUUUUAUUAUUGUUAAAAACAUUUUAAUUGCAUGCCAUAUUUCUAAUCUUGUUUACGACUAUUACCAUAUCCUAUUUUUUGUAGUUCCAAACUUUGUCUUGAAAAAGUGUUGAAGAAAAUACAAACAAUCGUGUAAUCUACCUAUUUUUAAAGAAUAAAAUAAGUAGUUUCAUAAUGCAAACUAAAGCCCAACCUAUGUACUCCUUAUGUAAUUUAAUUCAAAAAAGGAGGUGUUUCUCUAAGUUAGUCGAAAAAAUGAUGAGUCAACUGUUUGUUAGUUUUAACAAGUUUGAACAGAUUACUUGUCUAUAUUUAAUGACUCCGUGAAUAAUAUUGUUCUAGUCGAGAAACUUUCAAGCUUAACCAGUAACUAUUUAAACUUAUACACAAUGUUUAGACUCAUAUGUGUGUAUAUACAUCAUUGCAUAUGGUAUAUAUCCGUUUUGUUUUAAAUGAUCUGCAUAUUUUGUUUUACGAUCAUGUUGGUUUACAGAUUUGGGCUCUGUGCCUAUUCAGUAAAUGAAAAUUUAGUUAUUCAUGUUUUAACUUUUUUUUACAAUGACUUUUAUUAUUGCAUGUUUAAUCGUUUUUUUAAAAGACAUUUUAAAAUUACAUGCGAAUGUAUUAAAAUACAAAUGUGGCAAUGCAAAAAUAAACAUCAUAGAGCUAUCAAAAGUUAUUGUUUUGUUUUUGUUAUUAACAAGAUUCAUGUAGUUGGUUACGAUAACCAAUUUAUAAAGUACGC